AUGCAACUCUACAAACUUGUAACUGUUUCGGUCUUAUUUGGCUCGGUAUUGGCUGCGAUUGUUCCUGGUCACAAGCAGGUCAAUUUUGAUGUUGAACCCAGCGAUUUUGAUGUCUUCGGACAUAGCAAUGAGUUGACAGAUUACGAGGUUAGCGGACAUUCUCUUCUCACCUUACAUAGGGAUUUGGUUAAGACUCCUUCUGUUAGUGGAUCAGAGCUUGCUGUUGCUGAGUUUCUUGCUAGGUAUCUUACUAAGGUAGGUUUGACUGUAGAACUUCAAAAGGUAUCGUCUGAGCCUUUAAGAUACAAUGUUUAUGCUUACAUUGGAAAAACGAGAGAUACUAAAUUAUUAAUAACUUCGCACAUAGACACAGUACCUCCAUACAUCCCAUACCACGUAGAAGGUACUAAAAUCUAUGGACGUGGAACAUGUGACGCUAAAGGAUCGGUCGCUUCCCAAGUGUUUUCUGUCUUGUCAUUAAUUGAAAAAGAAUAUUUAAAAGAAGGAGACAUUUCAUUACUUUAUGUCGUUGGAGAAGAGAAAGAUGGUUCAGGGAUGAGAUCUGCUAGUGCCAAUUUAAAUGCCACUUGGGAAUCUGCAAUCUUCGGAGAGCCUACCGAAUUGAAAUUGGGUGUUGGCCAUAAGGGAAAUUACUUAUUUGAAUUAUUUGUUGAAGGUAAGGCAUCUCAUUCAGGUUACCCUGAAUUGGGGAUUUCUGCCACAGAGAUUUUGGUUCCUGUCUUACAAGAUUUAUUAAAAUUAGAUUUACCAAAGUCAGAUGUCUUGGGGCCAACUACCAUUAAUAUUGGUAGAAUCGAAGCUGGUGUUGCCGCAAAUGUUGUUCCAGCUCAUGGAUAUGCCCAAGUUUUCAUUAGAGUCGCUGCUGACUUGAAGAAAGUUGACCAAUUAGUCAAGGGUGUAAUUGAAGGUGUAGAACACUUAACUUACGACUUACAGCACACUAUCGAGCCACAGUUCCUCGACUACGAUGUGCCUGGGUUUGACUCCAUUAUUUUGGCUUACGCUACUGAUGUUCCCAACUUAACUGGACAAAAUUUGAAAUUAAGAUAUCUUUAUGGACCUGGAAGUAUCCAUGUUGCCCACGGAGACAAUGAGUUUGUUGAAAAUUCAGAUUUGCUUGAUGCCAUUGAAGGGUACAAGAAUUUGAUUGAACAUAUUUUGGGGAAGGAAGAGGAACUCAGAUAA